AUGUUGAAGCAAAAGGAAGACGUUCUUCUUAUGGUAAAGCAUGUUCGAUAUAAAAAGGUCGAUGGAACACUUUACGUUAAUUCCGGAAGAGUGGCUUGGCGGAAUCAAACAUCUGACAGUUUCCGAAUCAGUGCGAAGUUUGAAGAUAUCAGAAUGCAGAGGAUAAGUCCUGACCAGAAAGAGAAAGUUCAGCUCCAGUUACUGAUGCAUAGUGGUGAAUCCUUUACAUUUCAAUUUUCGGACCCUGGUGGCAGACAAAAACAAAUGGAAAUGCGUAACAGCGUUAAAUCAAUGUUACAGAACCUUUUGCCUAAAUUUAAAGACAAGGCUCAGGCAGAAUUAAAAGAAAAAUUCCGACUUCUGGAAUCUAAUCCUGAGAUUCUGGCACUAUACAAAGAGCUCGUAGUCAGUGGUAUCCUUAGCUCUGAAGAGUUUUGGGCACGACCUGAAUUUUCACACAGUAGUUUCAACUCAUCACAAUGUUCGAAUGCUUCCAAUGCUAAUUCCAAAGUCUCGACAACUACUGCAAAAUCACAAUCAGUCAGUAAUAGUACAGUUUAUGUACCAACGAGUAACCCUCCAAGUGGUCCUACCAGUCAAAUUUCACGCAGUUUCCAUUUGGAUGACCUACCUCAAGUUGUUGGGGUUCCCAGUUGUCUACUCAGUGAUAUCAAACCUGAGGCAGAUGGUGCUAAUGGAAUAAAAUACAAUCUUACUCAUGAUACGAUAGACGCUAUCUUUCGAGCUUAUCCUACUGUAAAAGAGAAACACAGACAGAUGGUGCCGGAUAAGUUAUCCGAGGCUGAUUUUUGGAUAAAAUUCUUUCAAUCCCAUUAUUUCCACCGUGAUCGUGUCCACCUUCCAAAGGAUGAUAUAUUUGCUGAUUGUGCUAGUAUUGAUGAUCGACUUUUACUCAAUGAUAUACGGAAAUCAAGAGUCAAUCAGAGCAAUGUACAUCUUGAUCUGCUUAAUCUCACUGACUACGAUAUAGGACAAGGUUAUGGGAUUGAAAAAACAUCUAAUCAAAUAAAACAAAAAGUGACUGAUUCGUCAGCUUCAAAUCAAAACGCAGGAAAUGCAGCAAAUGAAUCAAAACCAUGUAAUUUAUCUGCCAAUCAACUUUUACUGCGUCGUUUCAAUAACCAUUCAAUACUUGUUCUGAAAUCUCUUAGUUCAAAUGAUCUCAAAGAUAUUCUGAAUUCUUGUCCAUUAAAAGAUCGUGUAUAUGUUAAGGAGUUAGUCGAAGAUCGAAAUCCUCCAGAGAUCCAGUUGGACUUGGCUUGUGUAAAUGACUAUUUAGAGGGUCCAACACCAAGUAUAGCAGAGAAAGCUACAAGAUUAGUGGAUCCACUAACUUCCACUCGACAAAAAGAUACUUCUUUUAGUGAAGCGCAACUGGAACAGGCACUCAACAGAUGUAAAAGUUCAAUGUUAGCAGCUUAUCAAACAAGGAAGAAACCAGGUUCAUCACUUUUGACUGCUCUUGAAUCCCAACAAGCCUUAGCAGAUGUUUCACCUGGUGGCUGUUUAAUAGGUGGAAAACUUAAUGAGAAUCGUUCCACAGAAAAUGACUUAACCAGUGAUCAAUCUUCUUUACGUUUGUUUGGAUCUAGGAGAAAUAAUCAUAUUUCAACCUCCAAAGGAACCUCUGGUGAACAUACUGGUGACAAUGUUGAUCAUGGUCCACCGCUGCUAACUGUGGAACAGACUCGAGAGUUAUCACUUUUGUAUUCUAGCGCUGCUGAGCUAUUGCGACACUUUUGGGCUUGCUUUCCUGUUACAACUCCACAGCUAGCUGAUAAAUUAGAUCGUGUAGCUACUAGUCUUGUGCGUUUCCGCACUACCAAGGUGGUCCAUUUUGCUGCCAGUGUUGAUCCAUCCCUCAGAUCUAAGUCAGAUAACCAUCCUAUUACUUCAUCGGAAGAUUUCUCUAACAGAAGAGAUUAUAACUCAGUUUCUUACCGUUCAAGUGUCACGAGUCACUUGGAAUCGAUGUUAGACGCUGCUCAAAAGAAAUACUCUGAGUGGAAAACCCGACGUCCACAAUAA